CCUGCCUCUAACUUGAUGCUGGUGUAAGCGGUUUGGGGAUUCAGUGUGGCAGCAGGGGAAAUCUGGGAUAUCUGGGAAAGGGGAGUCGGUGAAAACCGGGACUAAACCGGCAGAAAUCCCGACGAAGCCUUGACCGUCACACCGCGGGGUCUCCCACCGGACACUUCUUCUCGGUCUCCCCGUCGGUGGCGGAGCUUUUUCUCCAAGAAAUCUCCCUGGAUCCACACAGGUGAUUGAAGUCGUCCUGUGUUCUGUGUUGGAGCUGGACUGAGCAGUGUUAGCAGACCAAAGAUGGAUCAGUUGUCAGACGAGGAGGUGGAGGUCCGGGAUGAGGAGGAGGAAGAGGAGGACAGCGAUAAGGACGACCAGGACCUGGAUAAGAUGUUUGGAGCCUGGUUGGGAGAGCUGGACAAACUCACGCAGGUACACAAAAGUCUGGAUGAUGGUCGCCCGGAGCAACCGCCUCAGCAGAAAGCUCCCCUCAGACAAGAGACCAACAUGGCCAACUUCUCGUACAGAUUCUCCAUCUACAACAUCAAUGAGGCGUUGAAUCAGGGGGAGAACGUGGACCUCGAUGCUCUCAUGGCGGAUCUCUGCUCGAUCGAACAGGAACUCAGCACCAUCAACACAAAACCCAACAGCACCGGCAGCAUGGCUCGCCUGGGGUUGACCGACACCAAGGUCCGUCAGAAACCUCCAGCAGGGCGCAGUAGCCGGCAGCAGCCAGCAGGGAGUAGCAGCGGUGGAAGCGGCGGCGGCGGCGGUAGUAGUAACAGUGUUAGCGGCGGAGGGGGCAGCAGCGGGGCGAGCAGUAGCAGCAGCAGCACCAGAGCUUCACCUGCUGGCACUAUCAGAGUUCCCACCGGGCAUCAUGGGAGGCCAGCACUGGCCUCUAACUUCAGUCUUGACGACAUCACUGCGCAGCUUGAGAAGGCGUCUCUCAGUAUGGACGAAGCUGCUCGUCAGACCUCCUCCCACUCCCUUAGCUCCGCCUCCUCCUAUACAUCAGCCACGAUGCGCCGACCCGGAUCGUCUCAGCGCCAACAUCGGCGCACAGGAUCCGUCGGCACAGUCAGCGAACAUGAGGCGCGUUCAAUCGUUCACUCUUCGCGCUCCUCCGUCACCUCGGCAUCCGGGGUUUCUGUGAACUCUGCCUCGUCCAUGGACUCGUUGGACAGCGUUCUUCGCUCCAAUGAGUCAGACGGCCAGCAGCCUUCAGUUAUACCCUCAGCUGAAGGAGCCGGUCAGAGUCAUCCCCACACAGAGCACUCCUAUCUGGACAGGGAAACCUUUCUGAUUCUGAAAAACAUAGCAGGGAAACCUUCCCACCUGCUGACCAAGGAGGAGCAGGCUGCCAAGCUGAAGGCAGAGAAUAUACGAGUCGCCCUGGAAAAGAUCAAGGAGGCCCAGGUUAAAAAGUUGGUGAUACGCGUUCAUUUGUCAGACGAGAGCUCAAAGACAAUGAUGGUGGACGAGAGACAGACGGUCAGACAGGUUUUGGACAGUUUGUUGGAGAAAUCUCACUGUGGUUACAGUCCAGACUGGUCACUGGUUGAAACCAUCAACGAGCUGCAGAUGGAGCGGAUCUUCGAGGAUCAUGAGAACCUGGUGGAGAACCUGCUAAACUGGACCAGAGACAGCCAGAAUCUCUUGAUGUUCACUGAACGCAUCGAGAAGUAUGCUGUCUUCAAAAACCCCCAGAACUAUUUGUUGGGGCGGAAGGAGACAUGUGAGAUGGCUGAAAGAAACAAAGAGGCUCUGUUAGAGGAGUGUUUUGGCGGCAGCUCAGUGUCUGUCCCCGAGAUGGAGGGAGUGUUGUGGCUGAAAGAGGACGGGAAGAAGUCGUGGAAGAAACGCUACUUCCUGCUGAGGGCUUCUGGCAUCUACUAUGUUCCCAAGGGAAAGGCCAAGGCAUCCAGGGACCUGGUGUGUUUCCUCCAGUUGGAUCACGUUAAUGUCUACCUCGGCCAGGACUACAAGAGCAAGUACAAGGCCCCCACUGAUUACUGCAUGGUGCUGAAGCACCCUCAGAUCCAGAAGAAGUCUCAGUACAUCAAGUACCUCUGCUGUGAUGAUGUCAGAACCCUCCAACAAUGGAUCCACAGUAUUCGAAUAGCCAAGUACGGGAAGCAGCUGUACAUCAACUUCCAGGAGGCAAUGAGGCGGACCGAGGCGGCCUACGAUUGGUCCUCCCUCUCUUCUUCCUCCAUCAAGUCAGGAUCCAGCUCCUCCAGCCUUCCAGAGUCCCAGUCCAACCACUCCAGCCAAUCGGACAGUGGCGUUUCAGAGAUGACAUCAUCAGGCCACGCCCGCACGCAGAGUGUCGUCAGCUCCAUCUUCUCCGACGCCUGGAGGAGAGGAACGCAAGGAGAGGUGAGAACUCUCACAAACACACUGUGUCUUUGCAUUGUCCUGUUAACUUGAGGACUACAUUUCCCAUAUUUCCCCUCUGCUUCCCUGCCAGCGGUCCAAGGUGAAGGGACGUAUGCCAGUUCCUCUUUGUGCAGGAGGAGCAGGG